AAUUCUUCACUACAAAUAAUAUUAGUUCAAGGUGCCGAUUACAGUCAAAUCGAGACAAUGAAAUUCUUCCUGGUCCUAUUUGUUCUUCAAGUAAUAUGGACAUUUCCUGUAUUGGCUACGGACGAAAUUACAUUUUGCACUUGGUUUGAUGUUGAUGGUAACGAACUCGAAACCAUAAUUGACUCGCCAAACGUAUUCAGACAAGAUUCGUCAGAUCCAGUCAAUCGACCCGUGUAUUGUGAAUGUGAACCAGAAGCUGACGGAACUUCAAACGGGGACAUGUCGUGCUUUAACCCGAGGACAGCUGCAUCAGCGGAUACAACUAACAUCUCUCCGGGAGUCAGUUACAAAUCACUCAUAAAGUCUGUCAAUAAACAGGUCUGGAUACGAUGCCAACUUUAUGAUUGCAAUCCUGCUACUGAAAUCUGCAAAGCAAAUAGACAAAAGAUUUUGGACAUCGCCAAAGAUUUGGGAUUCCCUGGCCUCGACACUGACGAUAUAGAACGUAUUUGCUAUGCAUAGUAGAGAACUGAUGGAGUCAAAUACCAUGUUUUCCCGGAAAUAAGACAGUGUCUUAUUUCAAUUUUUUUUAAAAAAAUAUCACUAGGGCUUAUUUAUAAAGAGUUAUGUAUUUUAUUUUCAUUCUCAAAACAAAAUCACAAAGUGGAUGAUAACGAACUUCUUCCAAUCGACUAGGUCAAAAUAAA